GAGGGAAGGAAGGACUGACUAUGAAGGACUGUCCCUCCGGAGACUCCAUUUUUAGAGCUGCACGUGACAGAGGCUGAAAACUUCAUAGGUUCAGAUGCGCUGGCUGGCGCAUAGGCUGUCUCGUUCGCAUCCUUACUUGUUGGGUAGACCGCUCUCAUCCGCUCUCGAGUCACUCGAGUCCAACCUUUUGUUUAGAAAUGAGGCCCUGGGAACUUAGUUCGAUCAUAUGAAUCAUAUUCGAUCAAUUGUUAUGCAGCAAUGCAUUUCACGACUUGGCAGAGAGUUCCUGCGUGGACCCCCUGGGAGGGUCCAGGUCAAAACGCUUUUCGAGCAGCGGAUUCUCUCUGAUUCCCUCUGAUUCUUUCGAAGACGGAUGCCGCCGGCCGCAGCGCAUUUGUAGCUCAAAGGGACAGUUUUGCUUCACUUCGUUCAUCCAAGACUGGCACUCAGAUCAUGUCGACGCCCAAGAGGAAGGCAGGUCCUCUCGACACUCUCCCGCCCAUCUGCGCUGGAGCGGUGGUCACUUCGAUCGCUAUGUAUCCAGUGGACGUGGUCCGCGCUAUUUGCAUGUCAAAUCCAGGAACUGGCGCGGGAGAAGCUCUGAAAGGAUUUUUGGAGGCACAUGGAAUCAUGGGCUUCGUGAAGCAAGGCCUUGUGGCGGAAGUCACCAGGGCUUCGAUCUCCCGAGCCAUCAAGUUCUUUAUGCAACCAAUUGUGCACAAGAGCCUCUACGGCGUCCCUGAGACCAAGGGCAGCCCUGUCAGCAAGGGCUUGGCAGGAGCCAUUGGCACGGUGCCAGAGGUGUUAGCAAUUUCUCCCUUGGAGAACAUCAAGCUUGCCGCACAAUUGGACAAGGAGGGAAGGUUUAACGGAUCUGCGGACAUUGCCAAGCACAUCUGGAAGACUCGAGGCUUUGGCGGUUUGAUGAUUGGCUAUGCUGGCAUGCAGGUCCGACAGUGUUUGUGGACUGGCGGCUUCUUCUUGACCUUGGAUGUCUACAAGGGCGCGGUCUCCAACGUCGUGUCAAACAAGCUGGCACAGGAUGUUCUGUCUGGCUUUGCGGCGGGCGCCACGGGCACAGCCAUGAAUUGCUGGACUGAUGUCUGCCGAUCCAUUGUCCAGAAGAAGGCCCUGGCCGACACCUUCGACCCCAGCAUUCCACGACCCAGCGCUUUGGCGCCCUACAACCCUGGACCCUUCUUUGCGGAGGCGGCCAACCUGGCAUCAACUAAAGGCAUCGGUGGCCUCUAUGCUGGUGUUGGACCCAAGAUGGUUCACCUGGGCGGCAGUGGUGCGAUCUUGGCGGUGCUGAUGCCCCGCUUCAAGACCUAUUGGUUCGACAUGAUGGGCCUCGAGUGAGGAGAUUCGUGCGCACUUGCCAGGUGAGAUCAUACACGAUCGCCACAGCUGAGUCCGCUCGGCGGGGCAAGCUUUUCGUCUUCCGAUGUUCCUGCAGCGAGCAUAGCAUCAGGGAACUAUACCCAUCACAUCAGACAGAGAUGAAUCCAUCAAU